GAGGAGGGUAGUGGAGGAAAGGCAUGGAGGGGAGAGGAGGCGGGGAGGGGAGGAUUGGUGUGGAGUGAAGCCGAGGCAUGGAAGGGAAUGUGGAGGUGUAGUGGAGCGGGAGCAUGGCAAAGAAAGGAGACAUGUGGCCCCUCCUAUGUCAGAUAGUGCGGACUCAGAUGUGCAGCAGAACAAGCGAACCAAGAGACAGAAAUCAAGGGGACCCAUAUAUACCAAAGAGGAGAAUGCUGCAUUGGUUGCUGCAGUAUCAAAAGAAAAAGUGACACUCUUCUGCCAAUCCGUGCCAGCAUCUGAGAAGUCAGCAGCCUGGGAACGAGUCCGGGACUCCGUGAAUGCGGUCUCCAAGUUUCACAGGCCCACCAAUGGCGUCAGACACAGGUUCUAUGAUUGUCGGGCAACGGUUACAAAGAAGAUGCAGAGGCUUCGACUAGGACAAAACCGAGGAAAGCCUAUCAAGUUGCGAGAGUGGGAGGCGGAGCUAAGAGAUGUCCUUCUGGCAGAGGAUGUCCCUGGAUUCAGCAGCAGGGGUCAAAAUCAUAGAGCUGGUGAUCAAGAAACAUCAUCCUUGGAAGGAUCAGCUCCAACUCCAAGUACAUCCUAUCAACAACAUUCUGGUGAAAGCUGCAUUCAAGACCCUCCAGCAUCGGCUUCUGGCAGGACCAUUGCUCCUCCUCAGGAUCAGCAAUACCACCCUGAGAGGAGAGUACAGUGCAGCCCGCACUCUCCUGUUCUUCUUUUGGAGAGGCUGGAGAUUCAGCCAGAGAUUACCCCUAUCAUUCCCCAGACUCCUGAUUUCUCCCCCGGCCCAGAGGAGGAGCACAGAGGACAAGGUUCAUUCAUUCAGCCACCCCAUGCCCUGAUGCCACCUACUGCUGUACCGCCUUUCCCAACUGUGCAGGAGAUCAUUCUGAGGGAGCUUAUAGAAUUAAGGUGUGACAACCGAAAACUACAACGAAAGGUCAAAAGGCUUACCCGGCUUACCCAUCAGUUGAGCAGGCAGCAAACUGAGAGUUUUGAAAUAAUUUUGGCCCGGGCAAGCCAACAACACAAUUAGGCAUUGGACAGAGUAUAUUUUGUUUACUUGAAGAUAUUUCCAGACACAUUGCUCCAAUGCCUGGGAGCUACGAUGAACAUAUAACCAACAAAGACGUUUUGAAAAAUGAAGGCUAGACCUUCCUCUGCCCAUCUCAUCGCAAAUUAUUAUGCAGAAUCGAUCUUUUUACUGUUCCUUGAUUUUGGUAGAAACGUUUUCUUAUGCUGCCAAGUUACACCUACCCAGCAUGUGUGUUUGUAAUUUCUAUGAAAAUAUUUUUUUUUUUGUGAAUAUAAAACUAUUUUUGGUCUAA